UUGGUCGAUCUAGCUGUCAAUCAUCUAGUAAAGUGGGCGGGUUUAAAGGAAAAUGGCUACUUUGUCUGUCGUAGAGCCUCAAGAGAUGGAAGUUGACAGGAGGGGUGAGUCUGAGGAAUCUGGUGAUGAUGAGGCCAAGAGGAAGAGUCUCAAUGGAGAAGUUGAGUCCCUGCAAACCCCCUCGACUGUACCCGAGGAGUCACCUGUUGACAUGGACACCAUAACCUUAGACCCAGAUGAAGAGGAUGUGGAUCUGGUCCACUGCCGCAUUGGGAAGAUUGAGGGGCUGCAGGUUCUUCGGAAGGCAAAGACAAUUUCUCUUAGGCAAAACCUCAUCAAAUGCAUUGAGAACUUGGACAGCCUUGUCUCACUGAGGGAACUGGAUCUUUAUGACAACCAGAUCCGCAAACUAGAGAAUCUUCAGGCCCUAACAGAGCUCGAGCAGCUAGAUGUAUCGUUCAACUUACUGAGGAAGAUUGAGGGAUUGGAGUGUCUCACAAAAAUCAAGAAACUCUUCCUGCUUCAUAAUAAGAUUGCGAGCAUCGCUAACCUCGAUCAACUGACGAGCCUCCAGAUGCUUGAGCUGGGCUCUAACCGCAUCAGGGUUAUUGAGAAUCUGGAUUCUCUUACUACUUUGGAGAGUUUGUUCCUCGGCACAAAUAAAAUCUCUCAGCUACAGAACCUUGAUGGAUUGCACAAUCUCAUGGUUCUCAGUAUCCAGAGUAACCGCAUCACGAAGUUGGAGGGACUCCAGAAUCUUGUCAAUCUGCGAGAGCUUUACUUGAGUCACAAUGGCAUUGAAGUCAUUGAGGGCCUUGAGAACAAUAAAAAGCUGACAACUUUGGAUAUCGCUGCAAACAGGAUAAAAAAGAUUGAAAAUAUCAGCCAUCUGACUGAAUUAAAAGAAUUUUGGAUGAAUGACAACCAAAUUCAUAACUGGGCAGACUUGGAUGAACUCAAGAAUGCCAAAGGUCUAGAUACUGUCUACCUGGAGAGAAACCCUCUGCAGAAGGACCCUCAGUACAGACGCAAGAUCAUGUUGGCUCUUCCCAGUGUCAGGCAGAUUGAUGCCACCUUCAUCCAUUUCUGAUCAUCCACCUCAUUGUGCCCUCCCUCACCCAAAUCAUCCACAGCAUACUAUAAACACACUAUAUCUCCCUGACGCACCUCCUAGACACAGUCUGGUGUCUGCCCUAUUUAUGUCUUUUAUUUACUUUUGAACUAGAAAAAAGAGGAAUCUCACUCUCUCAGUGUUGCUGGCACCUUUACUCACACAGAGACUGUAUACCUAUGCUCUGACUUAUGCUAUCAUGUGAAUUGCUUGUUAAUUUAUUUUAUCAGUUUAGGAACUGAUUAGUCUGAGUUUAAAGGAGCUGAUGCCUGUUGCUCCGAAAACAUAUCAGCGCUAAAACUUACUGCCCUUAGCAUUUCAGUAAGGAAAUAGUUGCAUCGUAGUUAUCCCUUCUCUCGCUCUCCCUCUAUCCAUGUAGGACCAGGUCGUUUAAAAUCAGGCAUUUCCACCAUGUAUGAUUUACAUCAGGCACGGAGGUCUUCUUUACUUUAAGAGGUGGUAAAAAGGUCGGAGUUCACAUUGUAUUGAGAGACUGAAGAUGGCUAUGAGGAAAUUCUUAUUCUAUGAUGUGAUCAGGGACAAUUUGUGAGAGCGUUAUGCUCUUAUGAAUUCAGUUUGCAUAUCAGUUCUGUUUCUGGUUGUAUCAGUAUGUUAACAUUUUGGCUUGUUGAAAUAUGACUACUCACAUUGUUCAUUCUUCCUAAAGGUUAUGCCACAAUCUUAAGUCAUUUUAUGCAUUCCACAGAGAAAGGCGAUAUCAGGGGAUUAGUAUUGUUGUUUUUUUUCCUUAUAUUAAAUAUCAUAUCCCCUUAAAAUAUUCACGCACAGACCCCUCAUGUUAAUGUAUGGUCUGGGGAGUUGUUUUCUCCUCCCCCAGCUCUAGGGGAAUGGAAGAGGCCACAGUGUGUUCACUGUGUUUGGCCACUCCCAUUUCAAGAGAGGGGAGGGGGUCUGAGGGGUUUCACUCAGCUGAUUCUUUAUGGAAUGAACCCAGUCCCUUUAAAAGGGUUAAAAGAACAACUGCAUACGAUCGUUUUUAAUUUGCUCAAGUUUUCACUUUGUUUUACAAGCUUGGUUGACUGUUUUAGAAUUGAAUGUACUAUAAAUAAAUUGAAUUUGAACAAUGCUCA